GUCGAACAUUGAUUAUGUCAUAUACGCGACGACUAUUGCAGCUGAAGUUAUACAGGAGUUGCAAAUUUGAGUUUGAGCAGAAAUUUCACGUGUAAGUCGUAAUUAUUUAUGUUUAAAAACAACGUAUGUGUCCAUCGUGUCUCAUUUCCAGGUUAUUGAUUGCUUUACGCUUUGUUUUAUGCUGAGCCAUGCGAGGAAUUAGUAUACAUACAGUGUUUACAGUAUGAAAUAUUGUAAAUAUUGGAACUUAGAGAGCAGUAUGCAAUAAUAACCAUUACACUGGUACGAAUUUGGCCAUGGGUUUCACCGUGAUAAUCAAUCUUAAAUCGUGCUUUAGGCCUGCGUUACCUUUUAUUAAUCAAGGAUCUUCAGCGUUCCUUACGUUGGCGUACACAGCACACAUUCAGUGCUACAUGAACUGGAGCUCCAGCCCUGGAUUGAGCAAAGACAACAGUAGACAGACCAAUGUGCAGGCGAGACUGAAAAAUAGCACCAUUAGACAGAGGACAGACGGGUUGUGGGACAGUGUAGCAGAUGGAGGAGGCAAGAACUUUAAUCCCAGGCAAAAUCCUUCCAUCCCAAAAUCUGUGUUUGCUGCUGGCACGGCGAAGAGGACAGCAGAGAUGCUGAGGAGGAAGGCGGGGUUUUCCCCAGAGGAGAAUCAACAUGAGGGGCCUGCAAGGAGGACAGUCGGGAGGAAAGGGAAGCUGCAACCUCCUGACCAGCCGCUAUCUGUUGACGAGUGGAAGAAACUGAAGGAGUCUCUGGGAAGUCCGGAACGAUUUGAUAUUGGCAUCUUGUCUACACUGUUGAACUCUGGGGCAGAGUUGGAUAUUGCCAAGUCCCUGCUGUCAUUUGUUGCCACAGAAACAGGAACGGUAUCUUAUGUACUCCUAUUGCAGUAUCUGGCACUUUGUGUGAAUGGCAAUCAUGACCAAGAAGUACUUGAUGUCUAUAAUAUCAUGCGAGGGAAUUUCCCCUCUUUGGAUACUGGAGCUUAUAGUCUUGUUAUUAAGUCUUUCAGCCGUACAGCAAGAUGGCGCGACGCUCUCAGCAUUUUAAAUGACCUCAAAAAGGUGGUUACCCCAUCACCUCGCAAUUAUGGCAACAUAAUUGCUGCAGCCAUGCUUAAUGGUGACCCAAUCACUGCCUGGGCUCUUUAUGAUGAACUAUUGGCAAAGGGUCUAAACCCACAACAUGAAACAUGGACCUGUCUGUUUAAGAGAGUGCGUGCAGAGGAACAAGAGACCAUGUUGCUGAGCGAACAGCAAGAGAGGCUGCUGGGAAUUCUGCUGUACAUGAGGAACAACCAAGUUUACCCACAGCUGACUCUGGCUAGCAGCAUCAAGACCUGGUUUGAAAGUAUUCCACGACAGAAGUGGAGAGGAACUUGGAGCACCGCCUCUCCAAAUGGCGUGUGCAAGAGUUGUGGAACAGAACUGGAAUCCAUCCAACUGACUGCUGAGGAGUACCAACAGCUGAGAAAUAGAGUCAUGACUGACAUCAUCCAGGGACGUGACGUUUUCAACAAGACCACACCAGAGGAGUUGGAGAGAUUCAAGGCAUUUGUGAGGAUGAAGCCAGCCUUUGAUGUAGUUGUGGAUGGUCUUAAUGUGGCAAAUAUCAACAAGGACAGAAGCAAGCAAUCAGAGAUGUUGCUGGCUGUGGUGUCGGAGCUCAAGCUACAGGGCCUUACUGUUCUGGUGCUCGGGAGGAAACACAUGCUGCGGCCCUCCAGGUCUUGGAACCGGCACAACAUGAACCUUAUUCAGCAGAAAGCUCAUUGCUUUUUUACUGACAACAUUUCUGAAGAUGACCCCUUCCUGCUAUAUGCCGCGUUGCAUUCGGGGAACCACUGUCGCUUCGUGAGUAAGGACCUGAUGAGGGACCACAAAGCUUGCUUGCCGGACGAAGCCACCAGGCGACUCUUCUUCAAAUGGCAGAGGGGCCAUCAGCUGGUUGUGCAUGGGCACAUUGUGGCAGGCAGGAGGGUCCGAUUUCAGAGUAUUCCCAGCUGUGACACCAUUGUGCAGACUUCAGGAAGCACCUGGCACAUCCCCUAUGACGACACAGAAGACAGGAGCACCUAUGAAGUACCCCAGAAAUGGCUGUGCCUUACCAGAAUUCCCUGAACAUGCGCAUUGAAAAUUGAUUUAGAAAAGAAAUUAAUCAGAUAACUUCAUCACUGCCCUACAAUUGGUUGGCAACCAGUCCAGGGUGUACCCUGUCUCGCGCUCAAAGUUUGCUGCUUGCUGCUAGGAUCGGCUCCUGUUAUUUGCCACUCCAAUAAGGACAAGCACAAUGAAUUCAUCAUGUGUGUCAGCAAAGUACACACCCUGGUAUGCCAGCCAAUCGCAGGGCACAUACAAACAAACAUUCACACUCACAUUCACACCUAAAGACAAUUUAGAAUCUUCAAUGAACCCAACACACAUUUUUGGAAUGUGGAAGGAAAGUAGAGUACGACCAUCAUGCUGCCGCGCAUCACACUUUCCAUCACAAAGGUUGGAAAUCACAGAGAUGUUAUUUAAUAGUCCAGUAAUAUUAUAUUGUUAAAAAUGGCAUUUCUUAAACAAUGAUGCGCUGCUAACUAUGGAAAAUGUUGGGACUCAAAAUCAGCAACUGGCCUCUCCCAGAAUUAAAAUUGUAAUCCUGCAAAAUAAUCCCAAUUUUUAAUAAAGGUACCUGUAAUCUG